AUGAAACUAUUCCGUUUUUCAAUGAGUCUACGGUCAUCUCGUACGUGUUGCUUUGAAACAUUGAAAAGUAUUCCGGUAGUUUUUAUUCUUGGUAUUGUGGCAUGGUCUUAUUAUGCAUAUGUUAUACAAAUGUGUUUUUUAACUAUUGAUAGUGUUCCAAAAAAAGUUAUCUAUCUACUUAUUUAUCAUCCAUUAUUAUUUCUUUUCUUAUGGUCUUAUUAUCGAACGAUGUUUAAACCUUUGGCUGGACCACCUAGCGAAUUUUAUGUUGGCGAAGCAGAAGGUGAACGUAUAGCAACAGCACAAACAUUGGAUGAACGACGUUCAACACUUAUUCGUCUUUGUCGUCGGUCAAAUUUACCUGUAUUAACUCGACAUUUCGACGGAAGUUUACGUUAUUGUUUUUCAUGUCAAUGUAUAAAACCAGAUCGAGCUCAUCAUUGUUCUGUAUGUGGAAAAUGUGUUCUUAGAUAUGAUCAUCAUUGUCCAUGGACAAAUAGUUGUAUAUCUUAUGGAAAUUAUAAAUUUUUUGUUUUAUUUCUUGGCUGGGCCUUAAUAUUUUGUAGUUAUGUUGCUGCAACAUCAUUGGAAUAUUUUAUUUUAUUUUGGCAGGAUAUGAAUAAUUCAACAACACCAGGUGGAAGAUUUCAUUUACUUUUUCUUUUUUUUGCAUCAGUGAUGUUCGCUAUUAGUGUAUCUUCAUUAUUCUUUUAUCAUUUAUAUUUAACGGGAAAAAAUCGAACUACACUUGAAUCAUUCCGUGCACCAAUGUUUGCUGAUGGACCACAGAAAGAAGGAUUUAAUCUAGGUUGGAAACAAAAUUUUCAAGAAAUAUUCGGAAAAGAUUUACUUAGAGCUUUUAUACCAAUUUCAACAACACGAGGCGAUGGAGUUCAUUAUCAAAUAAAUAGUACAUUACUUGGUGGAUUACAACAACAGCAGCAACAAUUCAAUAAUGUUAGUACCGAUAUACUUUUACCAGUUGAUACAACAAUGAAUUCCAUGACCAAUGAUCGUAAUUACUUAUUGAAUGAAAAUAGCAACAAUAGAUAA